UGUAACGUCUCGAAAUUCCAUGAUCCAUUACCUGACAUCACUGUCAGAUGUUUAUCAACGCUGCGCGCUGAUUGGUCGGAACAUUCCCGACAUCGAAGCUUCUCGAAUCUAAUUGGCCGAACAUAUAAAUACUCCCCGGCGCGGCAAACCAGCAGUAUUCGAAACGUCGCGUUCCAUAUUUGAAUUCGUAUAAGUCGCCAAAUCACGUUCGAAUUUUGAAUUCGUAUUUCGAAUUGGAAUUCAAAAUGGUCGCGAUCGGAAUUGAUUUGGGGACUACGACGACUUGCGCGGCUGUGUGGAGGGACGGAAGUGUUGAAAUAAUACCAAACGAACACGGAAACAGGACGACGCCAUCUUACGUUGCGUUUACGGAGACACAAGCGUUAGUAGGUGAGUCAGCAUUCCACCAGGCAUCUUUGAACCCUAGAAAUACUGUCUUCGCCACUAAACGUCUUAUAGGACGGCGGUACGAUGACAUCGGGGUUCAAAUGCACCUCCGCCAUUUUCCUUUCAAAGUCAGCAAUGUCAACGGUAAGCCUAUAAUCUCAGUCGAAUACAAAAAUCAAGUGAAACAGUUCACUUCGGAGGAAAUAAGCAGCUUCAUACUUUUCAGGGUGAAAGAGAUAGCGGAAUCGUAUUUAGGCGUGAAAAUUAGCAAGGCAGUGAUAACAGUUCCCGCGUAUUUCAACGAUUCGCAACGGCAAGCGACGAAGAACGCGGGCGUGAUAGCUGGGUUCCAAGUUUUGAGGGUCACGAACGAGCCAACUGCAGCAGCGCUUGCCUACGGCUUGGACAAGAACUUACAAGGUCAAAAUAUAAUGGUUUACGAUCUAGGCGGAGGGACUUUCGACGUCUCAAUUCUGAGCAUAAAAGAUGGCGUGUUCGAAGUGAAAGCUACUGCCGGAAACACGAAUUUAGGUGGCGAAGAUUUUGAUAAUAGACUUGUAGCUUAUUUCAUUGAGGAUUUUAGAAAGAAGUACAAUAUAAAUAUAACCAACCAUAAAUCUGUGAGAAGGUUGAAAUGUGCUGCGGAGAGGACGAAAAAGUUUUUGACAUCGGCAUCAGAGGCUUCAGUUUUAGUCGACUCGGUUUACGACGGAAUAGAUUAUACUGGAAAGAUCUCUAGAACUCUAUUCGAAGAGUUGUGCUCUGAUCUUUUUAAUGACACGCUUAAGCCUAUACAGCAAGCGCUGACUGACGCUAGACUGGGCAAAAGUGAUAUAAACAAAGUCAUUCUUGUAGGAGGAAGUACCAGGAUCCCAAAAGUGCAGAGGAUGUUAUACGACCUCUUUGAAGGGAGAGUGACGGCGUCUUUAAAUCCUGAUGAAGCAGUAGCACACGGCGCCGCAAUCCAGGCAGCAAUACUUAGUGGUGAACGACAUGAGAAAAUACAAGACUUACUUCUAAUAGACGUCGUGCCUUUGUCGCUAGGCGUUGAGACAUCCAGAGGCGUUAUGUAUAAAAUAGUAGAGCGGAACACGUCUAUUCCAUGUCGGUUAACUAAAGACUUAACGACUUUAGACGACUAUCAAAACACAAUGACAAUAGAAAUCUUUGAAGGCGAAAGAAGUUUGACCAAAGACAAUAAUUUGCUUGGAGUUUUUGAUCUAAGAGGCAUACCACCUGCUCCAAGGGGAGUCGCCAAAGUUGACAUUACUUUUGAUAUAGACGCCAAUGGUAUUCUCAGUGUCACAGCGGAAGAUCGAAGUACGGGCCAUAAAAAUGGUAUUAUAAUAAAAAAUGAGAAUAGAUUGAGUCAGCAAGAGAUCGGGAAGAUGAUAGCAGAUGCUGAACUCUUUAGAGAAGAAGAUAGAGAGAACAAAAGAAAAUUAGAGUCUAGAAAUCAGUUGGAAACCUAUAUAUUCAACAUAAAGAAUACAGUCAAAGAAAACAAAGGAAACCUAACCGAAGAAGAUGCUGUCUUCAUGGAGAAAGAAAGCCAGCUAGCUAUGGCAUGGCUAGACGAUAACCCUGACUGCUUAAGGGAAGAGUUUGAAAGGAAAUUGACAGAGCUCAUGCGCCGCUGGUCUGUAAUAAUGAAAAAGUUAUCUGAUAUGUUGAAACACCGCGCUAAGAGGCAGAGAAGUGAGACAUAUCAGAAAGAAAUUAAUGAGCAUGGGGCAACUACAAUCGAAGAGGUGCAUGAACAUGAAUUUGAGGCUACUAUUUAAGUUAUUAAGACCUCCACGAAAAUGACAUACUCUAAUGUAUAAGUCUAGAGGAUGUAAUUUUCAAAAGGCCAUCGUCUUUUUAAAACGAUAAUUUAAUUUUGGACAACUUUUUAGAAAUUAUUGCUUUUAAAUAUGAAAUUCAAAAGGCCGUUUAAAAAGGAAUUGGUAAAUUCUUCAGAAAUUAUUGAUUUUGAAGAUGAAAUUUAUGGAUGUGGUCAAUUUGAAUCAGUUUUUAUUUAGAUAUAAGUUCGAAUGUUCUAAAAAUGGCUUCGAUAUUUUUGUGAAUAUCUUGGUGAUUUUAAUACUUUUUUGUGUUUAGAUUUAAUUUUCUAGAAUGUUCCACCGAUAUCUUGAUGGUUCCGGAAUGUUCAAAGUUGAUUGCGGACCAGGAAAAGUCGUUACGCAUAUUUAUGGCAGUAUGACUCGCAGAAUAAUCUUUGAUUAAUAUUUAAUGCUAAAUGGCACAAACCCAAAAAAAUUAAACAAAUACAAAAUCUAGGUAAUUUGUAGAAGAUAUAACUGCACGUGCAUUUAGUUAGUAUUCCUUUGCCUAUUAAUAAUAUUAUUUGCUUUUAGAUUUUUUAAAAAUGUCAACAAGGUAUUAAAUUAAAGUAAAAUUUAGUAAUUAUUUUUUUAUUAACAAACUGCCUAAGCAACAAAAACUGCCAUAAAAAGCAUGAAAGAAUGGCUUAUUAUCUGCCUCUUUUUUUACUCAUGUUGAUAUUUUUAUAGUGUUAAUAAUUUGCCGCCAUUUUUAUUCCCGCCUUUGUAAUAGGGCUGUGUAAUGCGUUAAUAAGCUAAAAGAUAUGUCGUAAUUUUUUUAUAAUUAGAAGGCUAGGUUUUAAUAAUAUUUGUUUUAUUACAUUUUGUACAUACCUCAUGUUAUUUUUAUUUUAAAGACAAAAUAUUAAACGGUCCUUUAUACUUUGUGUUUUAUUUAAAACCUUUUCAACUUAAUUACCAGUUGUUCCUGACAUUAGUGCCAAGAGUGAAAAAAAGUAAAUAUAAAGCUGAAGAGUUUGUUUGGUCGCACUAAUCACAGGAACUACUGGUUGGAAUUAAAUAAAUCUUUUAGUAUUAGUGUUAUGCAGUUAUUGAAGCUGCGAUAGCCUAGCUAGUUGUGGAACGAACUGUUGAGACGAAUGUCCGCAGGUUCAA